AGGCAUAUCGCGUCCAAUCAUUAUCAUAAUGUUUUCCAUACUGUUAUUUUAUACACUGGUUUCGCCAGGAGUGUUGGCAAAUUACAAUUUAUUGAAUCAAGAUUAUUUUGAAGUUGAUAAUGUAGCGUCUAUUUUUGAACAGUUUAUAGAAAAAUAUGAGAAAAUAUACACACUAGAAGAAUAUUAUUAUCGCAUAAACGUAUUUAAAGAUACGUUGAAGAAAUUAAAUGAAUGGAAUACUGAAGAUCCAGGAACGUACGGUUUGCAAGAAUUUUCAGAUCUUACAUUUGAAGAGAUCUCAGAUAAGUAUUUCGGUUUCAACGGCAACAUCAGUAAUGUGGAAACAGUUCAGUUUAAGAGUCAAAUGUUCUAUAAAGCCCCUGAAGAUGUAGAUUGGCGUAAACAUGGCGUUGUUUCACCGGUGAAACAACAAAGCAGAUGUGGAUCGUGUUAUGCUUUUAGUGCUAUAGCCCACAUUGAGAGCCGUUAUGCAAUGAAGUAUCACACAAAGCCGUUAAUUCUCUCUGAGCAGCAAGCACUUGACUGUGAUGACGAAGACGAUGGUUGCAACGGUGGAUGUCCUCACAAUGUAUUCAGUUCCCUUCAGGAAGGCGUGAUGCUUGCGAGAGACUAUCCAUACGUACAGCGUCAGGGCUUCUGCAAAACAAAUAACAGGAAAACAGUAUUAAAAGUGAAUAGAUUCACGGUUUUUAAAGAUUUGGACGAAGAAGACUUGAAAGAGGCUGUGGCUAGUUAUGGACCACUUUCAAUUGCAAUGCUUUUCACACAUAGAAUGGCGCACAUUAAAGAUGGGCGGGUUUACAGACCUGUUGACUGUGGUAAUGCACCCAACAACCACGCGGUACUAUUGGUUGGUUAUGGACAAGAGAAUGACGAUUACUGGAUCAUCAAGAACUCCUGGGGGACGAUGUGGGGGGACAAGGGGUACAUGCGGCUGCUACGUGGCUUCGGAGUCUGCAAUAUAGGGUCUUAUGUCGCACUAGCGGAGGUCACACGGAAAUAAAUGUCUGUAAUGUUAAUAAACAACUUUAUUUUUACUUAUUAAUAAAUAAUAUUAAUGUAG